AGAGCCCCCCUUCGGGCGCCCUCGCCCUCCGAUGACUUGCAUGUAAUGGUGGCCACCUGCGGGGCCCCGGGUGCGGGUUCGCCAGCCCCGGCGCGGGGAAGGGCGCAACUCGCGGGCUCGGACGGGGAAGGCGGGCUGGCGGGCGCGGAGGGGGGGAGCGCGCGCGCGGGGAUUAACUCUUUGGCGCCCGCGGGUCCCCGCGGCCGUCCGGGGAAGGCGGUGGGGUGGGGGGAAAACAAACUUUGAGCUUCUCGCCCGCCUGGGUCCUUCUCGGAGCAGCGCGCGAGUGUGUGGCAGACGGCGAGGGAGGGACAAGGGGGUUGUGUAACGCUGGGAGCCAUGUUUGCAGCCUCCCGGGAUGCGCGGCCAGGCGGGGACCGGGCCUGCGGAGGAGCCGCGCGGCCGGCCCGGGCCGGGCCCUCGGCGGGCCAGGCCGGGAUUCGCGCGCCCCGGGCAGGCGGGCAAGGGGCUUGGGCGGGAAGGGGUCUCCCCUGGCCCGGUCUUGCGGUUGGCGACAGCCCGACCGAGGGCACGAGCUGUAGAACGAGGAGGGGGCUUUUUUUCUUUUUUUUUGCCUCGGAAGUGGGGGCUAGAAGCCCCCUCGGGUGGCCGGGGGCUCAGGCGGGCGCGGCCUGGCGCGCGCGGAGCGGGGGAGGGGCGAGCCCGGGCAGCGGAGGUGGCGCAACCGCCGCCCCUCCUCAGGCCAAGUUUGAAAAAAGGACGCGGUUCCCGCCAUUUUUCAAGCCUAAAAAUAAAACUUUCUCCCCCCAUUUCUCUCCCUUCCCUUUCGCCCUCCGGGCCUUCCUCACUCCCGGCCUUCAAGGGCGGGCCCUGGUCGGCCCAGGCCAGCCGUUGUGUCGGUGGUGGCGGCUUCGCCCUCCCCCCCGCGCCGCGGCGGCGCAGCCCGGGGCCCCUGCCCGGGAGGUUGGCCCCUCGGUGUGGGCGGGCGGCGGCUCCUCGCGCCAGCCGGGGCGCGCCACAGGCCGACACAGCGCCAUGUUGGCGGGCACCCGUCUCCCUCAGCCGCGAGAGCUGGCCUGCGGGCUCGGCCCUGCCCGCUCGCCCGCCCCCGGCGGUGGCUGCGGGCCGCCGCUCCCCAAGCGGAGCUCGCGGCUCGUGUUCCGCCCGCUUCUCCGGAGCUCGGCUCGCACUGGCGGGAGCUGCGCGCUUCGCCGCCGCCGACUCAUCUCCUCUCAGGAGCUCGGCCGUCCUCCUCCCCCUUCUUAAAAGGGCAACGCCAGGCGGCCGGCUCCGCCCGGGCCAGGAGCCGGGGGUGCAGGCGGGCCUCGGCGGCCUCUGCCCCCCAAGUGCACGAGUGAGGCGGACCAAGGCCGGCAACGUGCUGGCUGCGGCUGCGUGAGCGCCUUUAAAAAUCCCCUUUCUUCUCCACCCCGCGAACUAGAGAGGCUUCCCGCGGCCGGGUGCGGGGCCACGGUUCCCGGCCCCCACGCAGGGAGGCCGCCCGUCUGCCAGACCCCCUGCGCGG